UCUCUGCAUCUCUACAAACUCUGGUUUUGAUUUGACCGUGCCAUCAUACGUGCCAUUUUUAAAACAACAAAGAUUGCACUCACCAAAUUAUCACCAAAAAAACAAUCUCUUCCCGUUAUAAAUCUGAUAAUUCCCCCUCCGCCAGUCACACCGCCGCCAGCAUCAGUGAGUCACGUCCACAAACGUCAACAGCCGCUCCAAAAUGCUUAUCAAUCCCCCCCACGUUAAAUCCCACUAAAAAUGUACAGUUCCCCGAAGUUUAUCAGCCAAAUGUCACAUCCCCCAUCGACUCCGGAAUUGCUUCCAACCCCAUCAAGCCCCCGAAACGUGGAAAAACAAGUGCAAGUGAUCCUAACCUCCACACGUGAACCUCCAAUUGGCUAAAAUGUGUCAACAACCCCUCUAUUCCCCCCAAAUUCACUGUUUAUCGUGACAAAUUCAAACAUAUGAAUUUAUUCUCCCGUUUAUUCGCGUUACGAUGGCUCCUGUGCGGUUCUCCUCAGCAUGAUGUGACGGAAUUCAGAGAAACGUCAACAGUUAGCUAGUGCUGGUGCAUGCCCUCACAAUUUAAUUUAAGAAUAUUCCCUUCGUCCCAUUAAUUCGUUUAAUUUUGUGACUAAACCAAUCCGUAAUAUCCAGUUGAUAUUGAAAUUAAAAAGCAAAAUGAUUUCUCAUAUUUCCCACGUUAUGACCCUGGCCAACAGUAUCAUUGGAGUGAGUGUACUGGCAAUGCCCUUUUGUUUCAAACAGUGUGGAAUUGUUCUGGCAACCGUUGUUCUACUACUCUGCAGUUUACUGUCGAGACUGGCAUGCCAUUUCCUGAUAAAAUCAGCUGUUAUGUCGAGAAGGAGAAAUUUCGAAUUUCUGGCAUUUCACGCUUUUGGUCACAUGGGGAAGUUCCUGGUGGAACUGUUCAUCAUUGGGUUUUUGCUGGGGACUUGCAUCGCUUUUUACGUCGUCAUUGGUGACCUUGGGCCCCAGAUCAUUGGGAAGAUGCUGAAUAAGAAUCCGGAGGACAUUAGGAUGAGCUUUCUUCUGACUACUGGAGCACUGAUCGUUCUGCCUCUGGGGCUCCUCAGGAAUAUUGAUAGUCUCUCCAGCAUUUGCACGGCCACUAUAGGUUUUUAUAUCUGUUUGGUGUUGAAGGUGAUAAUAGAAUCAACGAACCAUAUUUUCAAGGGUGAUUGGUACGACAAAGUCAAUUACUGGCGACCUGCUGGCAUUCUCCAGUGUCUCCCGAUAUUCUCAAUGGCAUUAUUCUGUCAGACUCAAUUGUUCGAAAUUUAUGAAUCGAUUCUCAAUGUUUCGUUGGAGAAGAUGAACCUCGUGGUGAGGGGAGCACUCAAUAUCUGCACCAUGGUGUACCUGUGUGUGGGAUUUUUCGGAUAUAUCGCAUUUUGUACAGAACCUUUUACAGGAAAUAUUCUCAUGAUCCUCGAACCAAGUGCAACAUCAGACAUGAUCAAAAUUGGAUUUGUACUCUCGGUGGUAUUCAGUUUUCCUCUAGUGAUAUUUCCAUGCCGAGCGAGUUUAAAUUCCCUCCUCUUCCGACGAGGGCACACGCACGAGCAAACAAACAAUUACAUUCCCGAAAUGAGAUUCAGAUGCUUGACAUUGAUCAUCGUGACAGUGGCACUGAUCACUGGAAUACUGAUGCCAAAUAUUGAGUUUGUUCUUGGUCUAGUUGGCUCGACAAUCGGCGUUAUGAUUUGCCUGAUACUCCCCACUACCUGUUUCAUCGUAAUCAGUACAAAGAAUACGAAUGAGCGACUGCUGGCACAAGUUAUUUCCUUCAUUGGCAUUUGGAUUAUGAUUCUGGGGACUUACGCCAAUUUGUAUGCCAUGGAGGAAGCCUCAAUCUCGAAGAUAAACGUCAACACAGGAAAACCUAUUCUUCAGAUGAAUAAUAUCGAAUUGAAUUUGAUUAAAAGUAAUGAUCAACUGCAAAAUAUGAAAAUACUUCAACCAAAUUUCCAAAUCGACGUUGGAAAAAUUCCCGACAUGAUGAGUAUUCCCCCCGAGCCGAAAGAAAAUAUCCAGCAAAUCGACAAGAUCGAACCAUUGGAGCCUGAGAAUUUGAAGCCUGAAGUCCCCGCGGAGCCGAUGAAACCAGCAGGAGAAGCAGUGGAGCCCCAAGGAGACCCACAAAAAGUGGAAGAGAAAAUAAAGCAGGACCAGCAGGCGAGCGAAAUCCUGAUAAACUCAGAAGCAAAGAAGAACGAAGAUGCAGGAGUGACUCAUACCAAUGGGAAAUUAAAUCCAGUGUCCAACGACGAAGUGAAACAACACCAUUUCCUGAAGAAACUGGAGGAACACAAAACUGACAUUCGCAAGUUGAUUGAGGAGCAGAAGGUUCUGCUGCAGGACAUCGAGCACCACCAGGAGGAGCUGGAGAUGGAGAAGAGAAAACGGCUGAAGGACAAGGAGCCGAUCCAGAGUGAGGCCCAUGCAAACGAAAAAAUCGAUGAUUUAUCAAAGAAUAACGAAAACAGUCAUGCGAACAAUGAAAUUCCCCAGGUGCUGGAGUCGAAUAUCAAAGUAAUGUCGACAAAUUCUAGUGUGAAUAGUAAAAAAGAGAGGGAUGUGAGUGGAAAUGUUGAAAGAAUGGAAAAUGUCGCUGAUUUUAAAACAAUCGUGAAUUCAUCUGCGAAUAAAGUUCAAAAUUCAACCAAUUUUAAUGCGGAAUCGGUGAAUGUGAGCUCGAUAGGGUCUAGGGGUCCUAUUGUGAAUGUCCUGACCAAUUGGACGGCCACGAGGAGGGACUCACAAGUGAUAUCGAGCCCUGGAAACCAAUCGCAGGAUGUUUUGAUUAAGGAUGAAGUGGAGGAGGCUAAGAAAACUGUUUAUCAUCAGCUACCGAUACCUUUGAAGUUGAUCAAUCAAACGAAGGAGAAGGGCGAUGAUGGGAAGAGUCAGCCGGUUCAACCAGAUGUCAGGGAGAAUAGUCGGGAUAAGAGGGAUGUUCAAACUAGUGGGAGUGUCGAGAGCGAGCGUCGUUAUGAGGAGGAAGAAUUAGGGAAAAAUGCAUCAGCGAACUCUCUUGACGCUCAUUCAAUUGACGAUGGGUAUCAAAUUUCGAAGAAAAGAGAUUUGAAGGAUUUAAAAUGUUCGUGAAAUUUAGGGUUUUUCAUUAGUUUGAGUUUUUAUGGUACAAAGUGAAGCAUUUUUUUUUCAUUAUAUUUAUUUUUAUUUUAUGGUUACUCAUAAAAUUCUGAGAGCAAUCUCUUAAAAUUUAAAUGAAGCUUAUAAAGUUUCUAGAGAAAAAACUCAUGAGUUAUGUGAAAAAGACAGUCAUUCUGACAAUGAAAUUGUCUUUAAAAAAUUUCAGAGAAUUCAUGCUCAAGAAGGUUUACAUAGUCAUCAUUUUUGUAUAAAAAAUUGACUUCUCUUGCUAAAUAUCUAUUGAAUAAUCGUAGGAAAAAUUGCAUAAUGAUUAGUAGAAAUCGACAAAUGGUUUUUCCAGUCAUUUUCUACUUUUUUUUUCAUAUUCUGCCGUAAAUUUAAUUUUUUAUUAUAAACAUUGACUGAAGGCACUCGAAGUACCCAUAAAGUGUUUAGAAUUCUCAUAAAUCAUGAAAUUCAAUGUACAAAUGUCCAAUCAUCGAUGCAUACACGAAAAAAUUCCAUUGAAGAAUCACACACCUGUAUUGCGCAAAAAAAUCAGUAGAAUUCCAUCUUUUUACGCAAUUUGUUCUAUUGAGCCAUCUUCCAUAGGAAUCGACCUGAAUUUUGUAAGUAUUUUUGACUCUACUUUUUUCCCUUUUUAUUGGAGAAAAUUGGGCGGGAAAACUGAGAAAAUUAACGAGCUGCAGAAUUUUUCAAUGGAAUCGACCAAAAACUAAUAGAAAAUUCAAUAGAAAUUCCUAUUAAAUUCGCUAGGUUUUUUAAUGGAAUUUUGUCGUACGUGUGACCUCUAUUUUUCUAUCCCCACCAGAACCACGAGCUGAUGAGCCUGUAUCACCUCCAAAACUGUACAAAACCUGUAAUAUAUAUUUUUAAUUGAAAAGUAA